UCUAGCCAUCAAAACAAAAUGGUAUUGAGGAAUUGGUUUGCUUUAGUAAAGGACGCUACCUCACGCACAGAUUUAUUCGAUAUUAAAUCUUCAAAAACAGUUGUUAGAGUCCAUAAAAUUAUUCGAAUUGAACACUGAAUCCACGAUGGCUGGAAUAUUGCCUUCACCACCAAGUUCUCCUUGUGCUACAUCUGAGGAUGAUCUCGUGAGAAAUCUAAAAGCAGGAUCUGUUAAGCUCUCUACUGCUGGUGAUUUAGAGGCAGUAGAAUCUCUAUUAGCAAUGAGCAAAUGGUCACCUCCAAGUCCACCCCAGUCCGAAAGUAGAACUCGUUUUGAUGAAUACGAGCUCAGUUCAACUGAAGAUGAUGUGGAAUCUACCAAAUUUGAACAUUUAUACGAAGAUUUCUCUCAAAAUCAGAGAACGACCCUGGAUAGCAAUUUUUCGAACCGAGUGCAAUUUCAAGGCAUCACCAACCAAAUGCCAAUCACCCAGGCAUCAAUACAUAAGCACAAAGGUGCACCAACAGCAAUUGUUAUACUGUGCCCAGUUCCACAAGCAAGUACCAAAACAUUCGGGAAAAGCAGUCAGAACAGCUAUGCAAACUCUAACGACAAAGUAUCUUCAAGCAGUGAUCGCCAGAGAAAUCAUAUAUGUACCUAUGAAAACUGUGGAAAAUCAUAUCUCAAAAGUUCCCAUCUUAAAGCUCAUAUUCGCACUCAUACAGGUGAAAAGCCAUUUAGCUGUGAUUGGGAAAAGUGUGAAAGGUCAUUUGCACGAUCAGAUGAACUAGCAAGACACAGAAGAACACAUACGGGUGAAAAAAGAUUUGGUUGUCCGUUAUGUGGUAGGAGGUUUAUGCGUUCAGAUCAUCUGACCAAACAUGCAAAAAGGCAUCUUGCUACAAAGAAAAUACCUGGCUGGCAACAGGAACUGAAUAAGUUAAAUGAAUUUGCAGCUUCAAUGACAUUUCAGUACCCAACAAAUAUUGAAAAAACUCAAAUCAGUCCUUCAGAAAAAAGAACUCUUAAGGUUAUAAAGCCAGGGAAAUGUUUUUAAAGGCAACACAGAGAAUAUAUCAGUUAAAUGAUUGGCUGGAGA